AUGUGGUUGGAGACAAAGUGGGAGAACAUCACGGUGGGCGACAUUGUACGAGUAGAGGCGGAUCAAGUGUUUCCAGCAGACUUGAUAAUGUUGACGUGUUCGGACGACUACGGAAUAGCGUACGUGAAUACGGUGCAGUUGGACGGCGAGACGAAUAUGAAGACAAAGACUGCGGUGCCUUCAUUGCACGAGGCAUAUGGAAAGAGAAUAGCUGACUUGGCGAAUUCUAAGUUCGAGUUAUCUUACGGACCACCUACGUCCAAGUUGUACAAUUACAAUGGCGUAAUGAAGGUGCGAGAUGGAUGCUACCAGUUCGACGUGGAGAACAAACGAUUGAAGGCAUCGUUGUCGAAGAAGCGUUCGAUUUUCGGUCAUGACGGGACGGCUCCAAGUGCAGGGACAGAUGUUGGAGGGCACUCGGCGCCGUCGGACUCCCGUGCCUCGUUGAGCGGACAAGAAUAUCCGAUUUCGCUAACACAGUUCAUGUGGCGAGGUGCUACCUUGGUAAAUACGGCUUGGAUCGCUGGUAUCGUGGUCUACCCGGGUCAUUAUACUCGUAUAUACCAAAACACCCGUGAGCGCACCCCCAAGACUAGUGGACUGCUUAAGAGCUAUAACCUGGACGCAGUCGUGCUCUUCCUGGCUGAAGUAAUUCUAUGCAUCGUCGCCGCUGGUAUGUAUGCCCUGGAUGUCUCGCGUAAACAGUCCGACAGUUGGUAUCUUGCACCAGGCAGCGCUAAAGAAUUAAGUGGGGGACUAGAUGGCGGGUUCGUUGCGUUCGCAGUUUCUUUCGGUCGCUACGCCUUGUUACUGAGCUACUUCAUUCCUAUCACACUCUUCGUCCAAGUAGAAAUCUGCCGCUGGUUCGAAGGCUUCUUUAUCAACGCCGACCAACAUGCAUACUCUGUACCUGGUGACUGCCAUCCUAACGUCAGCACCAUGGGCGUCCUCGAAGACCUGGGCAAUAUCACCCACGUUUUCAGUGACAAGACAGGGACACUCACGCAGAACCUUAUGCAACUGCGUGCUUGCCGUAUUGGCUCUCAACAGUUCUAUGAAACACCUCCCGAGCCAGGAUCUGGUUUAGGCUCCGGAUUGGACACCGAUAGAGACCCGGCCAAUGACGCUGAAUUCUCCAAAGGCGGUCUUCGACACGGAACGGGUAGGGAACGUGAGGUCGAGGAAGUAUAUUUGCGGAAACUGCAAGCCCUCGCCACCGACAAUGCUGCACAGGGCAAACGCAUCCCUGAUGUCCAAACUAGCCCGAAUCCUUUUGUUUGUUUUGAUGCAGCAUCCGUGCGCACACGUGUGCUCCAAGAAGACCCCGCCAAUACCGAUACCGCGCGCACAUUCUUCCUCAUCCUCUCACUCUGCCAUAGUGUACUCCCCAAGGCUGAUGCAACCACCGUCACCACCGCCGAGACCAACUCCAACUAUGUCUCCAACGCUAACUCUCACCAGGACUCCGAAGACAGCGCGGAUCAAGGAGACGGGGACGGAGAGGAGGAGGAAGACGAAGACGAGGACUCAGACCUUAGUGCGGACGACCUUGGUGGUGAUCGCGCACGUGACCCCGCUAAUGACCACGGUCACCUUGGAAGUAGUGGUCACCCUGGGAGUGGCCUUGGUAGCGGGGGGAGUGGUCUGGAUGGCGGGCUCGAGAAGGACGGCGGCAGUCUCGAGAAAAAUAGCGCGAGGCCGAGUCCGAAGUUGUCACCACAGCAACAUGAUACCCCCUUCGAACCGAAACGGCUGGACGCGGAACUUUCGCAAAAGACUGCUUUGUCGACUAGCUUGUCCUUCGAAGAUUCAUCGCUACAUGGCUCCGUCCUGAACGCAGAUCUCGGCGCCGGCUUGCGUCCCCGGGAUCGUGUCUUCAGCUGUUCCUCAGGCUCCGAUGAUGCCAAGGACGACGACGCCGAGGAGGAGGACGACGAAGACAGUAUAGACCUCCUGCACUCCCACCUUGCCGAGCCUUUCUACCCCAACUCUACCCCGCUGUGCCCCAUCCAGGACCAAUACCUUACCCAGGAACAGUACCCCACCCAACUGUACCCCGCCUCUAUGUAUCCUGCGCCCACCGUUCUGGGGAGCGCAGAGCGAGAACCCCGUUAUUCCGUCCGGAGUUUUGUUACAAGCAGCGAAGCCUUCACGCCAUCCAGCGUCCUCGUCCCGAGCCUGUCCUGCGCCGCCCGAGAACCCAGUACAGUCCGGGAGUCCGGCACGGUCCGGGAGUCCGGCACGGUCCGGGAGUCCGGCACGGUCCGGGAGUCCGGCACGGUCCAGGAGUCCGGCACGGUCCAGGAGUCCGGCACGGUCAUCGUCCAGAAUUCCCGGGUAAUGCCGGUGGCGACGGUCGCUGGUCCCGCGGUCUCUGCCCCCGUCGUCGGCGGCACAAGACCGGUGGCGGAAUCUCGGUCGAGCGGCAGUUCCGGACGCGACUCGGGUAGCAUCAUAAAGCGCACUUCCGAUGACAAAGUCGUGAUCGACUUCAACUACUUCGAUCCACUACCUUCGAAACUCAGUCGGCGAUCACGACACUCGGGUUCAGGCGGAAUCGCCACCCACGAUCUCGAAGCAGGAGGUGUCCAGGACACCUCCUGCAUCAACCGGUUGCGUCAGUCCUGUUGGCGCGCACAUGCACACUCCCCCCGCAACUCCAACUGGCGCCGUCCCACUGGCUCGCGAACUGCCUCGCACUCAGGUGGUCACGAUUCCGCCAGGCCGGGUCAUGGCGGGUCGGGUUCGACUAACGGUCCGACGUCGGCGGCAGGUUGGGAGUUGGAUCCAUACGACCAAGCUUCAGAGGCGGGGUCAGCAACGGCGGGGUCGGGGUAUAAGGAACGGUACCGACGGCGGCGGAGUGGUGUAUUACGUUUAAGGGACAUGCGUGCGGUACGGACGCCGCCGAUGUUUGCGGCGGAUGCGGCGCUGCAUGGGGCCGAACCGUCAGGCGCGGACGCGGCGGAAUUGGCGUUGGUUCAUUGGCCGGAUUCGUUGGCAACGCCGUACGACGCGUCUUCGCCGGACGAGUUGGCCUUAGUUUCAGGUGCGAAGCAUCUGGGUGUAGAAUUCCUGCGUCGUCCGGAUCUAAACACGAUCCAAAUUGGAUUGCUUAACGAGAACGCAGAAAAGAUUGUGUUAGAUAGCAAUGAUCGCGACUGGGUCGCUACCCGCCGCGCGGCGGCCGGGUCCGCCGCCCCGGCGGAGGACUUAGUACCGGGAUUAGUGUUCCCGGUGCACGAGGUAUUGGACUUUGACAAUUUCCGGAAACGAAUGAGUGUCAUCGUGACGGAUCGGGACGGUCAGCUCAAGUUGCUAAGUAAAGGCGCCGACUCGGCCAUGCUCAAGGCGGCGGCUGCCGGUCAGGAGGCGAGCCUGGGCGAGUUGUCUGACUCGCUUUCGCAGUUUGCGCGCGAAGGUUUGCGCACACUCGUGCUCGGUUACCGUGUUGUGCCCGCGGCGGAGCUAAAGAGCUUCCAAACCAAGCUGGGCCGACUGCGGGCGAGCGGUGCCGAUGACGUGGAGUUGUACGCCCAGUUGUAUGAAGAGAUUGAACGCGACUUGAUCCUGGUUGGCUGCACGGCGAUCGACGAUCGGUUGCAAGACGCCGUACCGGAGACGAUCGAAGCGCUCAAAGAUGCAGGGAUCCGACUCUGGGUCCUAACGGGCGACAAGGUGGAAACCGCUAUCAGUAUCGGUUUCAGCUGCAAUCUCUUGAGUGACGAUACUUACAACGCCAUCAUCGAUGGCGAAUCCAAGGAAGCUGUGCAAAAACAAAUGUAUGAGUACAUGGCCUUCGUCGUCGCCGGACAACUAGCCAAGGAAAGCUUCGACCGCAUCGUCGUCCAACAACAAUUAGAAACCACGGACUCCUCACCUACCGCAGAGUCCACCGCCGGCCGUGCUAGCCGCUGCGGCGCCUGCGGCUCCGGCUGCUUCACCGUCAAGUGCUGCAAAGGCCAAAAAACCGAACGCGAACGCAGACGACAACAGAAACCCGCUCGCAAGGAAACCAUGGACGUCCAGGACUUCAUCAAGGUCGUCUCCUUCAACGCCAAGCAUACCAAAGUACUCGCACCCGUUGACGGAAAAACUGAACCAAAGGCACUCUCGCCCGAGGAACUCGAGCGAUUAAUCCAACUCUACGUCGGAGCCUUCGAACCCCACGAAGAAAAGGGACCCUUCGGACUCAUCGGCGACCUCAUCGGACCGAAAAAGGCGCAGGCCUCACCGCUUCAGAGUUCACGCGCAGUGGACAGUGCUCUCGCUACCGCCUCGCAGGCGGCCGCCGCCGGCGGCGGCGCCGCCGGCGCAGCCGGGGCCGGAGGGGGUCCCGAAGGUGCAGGGGAUGUGGAGCGGUUCAAGUCGGUUGCAAUAACGGUGACGGGGGACGCCUUGUCGAUUGCAUUGGCGGACGACGAGAUCAAGAGUUACUUCUUUGGGUUGGCGUAUUUAUGUUCAACAGUGAUUGCGUGUCGAGUAACGCCAAAACAGAAGGCUGAAGUGGUGCGACAAUGUGCGCGGAUGACCCCUGCGAAGAACUUUACAUCGCUAGCGAUUGGAGAUGGCGCGAACGAUGUGGGAAUGAUCUUGACGGCGGAUGUGGGCGUUGGUAUUUUCGGUAAGGAAGGUAGUCAGGCUGCAGGAAGUGCCGACAUAUCAGUUGGUGAGUUCAAGAUUUUGCGUAAUCUAUUAUUUGUGCACGGACAUCAAAUUCUUCGUCGUCAUUCUACGAUGGUAUACCAGACCAUCUUUAAGAAUGUAUUGUUCGCAAUAUGUUGUUUCAUUGCUGGAUGCUUCUGUGGUUUCUCUGCAGCUGAUCCAUACGACAGUUACAUGAAGCAGUUGUUUAACUUGAUCUAUACGCCAUGGUGUAUAAUGUCUGCGGCGGUGUUCGAUCGACAUUUACCGUAUGAUCUAUUGGCUCGAUGCGGUUGUCUGUAUCCUGUGAAUACACAUCCGCAUGGAGAUGCUUACUUUGGUUUCAAGCGUUUCUGUGAGUGGUUCUUCUUUGCACUUGCGGCUGGAGUGAUUAUCUGUUUGGUACCAGUGUACGCACUACAAUGGGGUGCUAGUAUCUCCCCUGAGGGUCAGUCGGAUGUGCUGGAUUGGCACAGUUAUGGCCAAUCCGUGUUUACAUUAGUUGUGCUCGUGGCAGUGAUGUGCACUGUGCCUUACACUGCUACCGUAUUCUGGUUCACUAUUCUCGCUUGGAUUUUGAGCAUAGGAAGCACCUAUCUCUCGUGGCUUAUUCUAUCCCUCUGGAGCUCCUCCAAUUUAAACGCAACCUUCGCCGGUGUCUUCUCAACUCCCAUGUUCCACUUCAUCAUGUUCCUCGCUCUACUCAUACCCGUUGCAGCACUCUACCUACAUUGGAAGUAUAAAGUACUCUUCCAUCCAGAACCUGAUACCGUCGUACGGGAAAGACUGAAAAAAGGAGUUUUCGACGUUAUCGUUGCACCCAGCCGAAGAGGUGACCAAAAUGUUGUAGUCCCACGAACACAUCAAAAAGACCAAUGGAAGGGCUUCGCCUAUGCACCAUCCGAUACACGAUACUCCUUACAACGACGGUCCAUGUCACAAACUAACGUACUUCAUGACAAAACUCGCCUCGCAUCCAAACUACCCAGCGUCAUCGAAGACAGCGAUGAAGAACGCGCCACCGCCCAAAGAGCCGCCGCCCGUCGUGGCCCAAGAAAAGAUACAACCUUCGGCGGCCUACUCAACAACUAA